ACUCAGUGACAUUUUGGGAAUGGUAUAGGCCUAACUGACCAAAGUCAUACAGUAGGCUUUGUUAUGACGAUGUUAUGAAUAACAUUCAGACAGGUCAUAGAUAUUAUUAUCUAAAAUAAACAAAAACGAGUUGUUUCACAAAUGUACAGAGUUCCGCAGAUGUCUUGUUGCCUACUCAGGAAAGACGCGUCAUUGCCAUCUUUCCCACCUUCCUUAGAAGUUGUUCUUAAUUCAGGGGGGCAGGAUCCAAAAGCGGUAGGUCGAUAUUGAAAAUGGAAGGAUCAGCGACGCGCACUGUGAUAACGUCUACAAGCAGUAGCACGGAACACUUUUCCAACUCUACUCUGGUUUACGACAGGCAGUUUCUUCGCACUGCUUCGGGGCUCCUCGUUUUCGCAGAAAUAGUGUUUGGUCUGCUGGUAUGGAUGCUGAUAGCAGGGACAGAGUACUUCCGUGUGUCUGCCUUUGGGUGGGUCAUGUUUGUGGCCAUCUUGUACUGGGUCCUGACGGUCAUCUUCCUCAUCAUCUACCUGACCAUGGCUUACAACAGGAUCCCUCAGGUCCCCUGGACAACUGUGGGCCUGUUCUUCAACAGUAGUGCUACAGUGAUGUAUGUGGUGUUAGCAGCAGUGGACGCAGCCUCAAUCAGCCAUGCUGUUAAGGGACACCAUAACUACAACUGCUGGGUAGCAUCCACAUUCUUUGCCUUCCUGGUCACGCUCUGCUAUGCAGGAAGUACAUAUUUAAGUUUUAAAUUCUGGCGCUCGAGGGAAGAGGAACAAUAACCAAUCACAAAGGACAGCUAAAGUAUAUCCGUUAUGGAGCGCAUGAAGGAUCUUGAAAAGUACACACGGUUAAGUGUAAUAACCACUCCUUUUGGAAUGCAUUUCUAUAUUUAAUUUCUGUUAUAUUUCUGUUAUUUUGGAGUCAUGGUGUGUUUCAUCUGUUGGAAUGACAGACCCUGAACCUCAGUGGUGUUUUUACUUCUUAUUCACUCAUGAGUUAAAAAAAAAAAUUUGAAUGAAAAUGACUGAUGCUAAUAAAGUGGCUAUUCUAUU